UUGCAAUUGAGAUCUCGCAAACGUCGAGUCAGGGGUCGAGAAAGGGUCCUCAACUUGGUGAUUCACUUGUAAAAACCAAUUUUAGACCCAAAAUAGCACGGAAAUGCUCUGUUCUUCGGCCACUUAGGUCAUCAUAGAGUUAUAAUUCCUUAGAUUCACAAUAACGACUGUAUUGGUGUAUUUUAUUUUUCUGGAAGUCUUUAUUGGAAGGCUCAAUGCCAGAAUACAAGGAGAAAGGCACUGGAGAGUACUUCGGGCCAGAUAAUCAGGAUUCAGUGCCAUUAUACGGAAUGGCAGCGAGUGGUGCUCGAGCUUUGCUACUUUGGUCGAGGCAGCAGACCGAAGGGUACAACGAUGUGAAUAUUUACAAUAUGACAAGUUCUUGGCGAGAUGGACUUGCCUUCUGCGCAAUUAUCCAUCGCUAUAGGCCUGACUUAAUCGAAUUUGACAAACUCUCCAAAGAUAACAUCAUACAGAACAAUGAGUUGGCGUUUGACAUUUGCGAAAGACUUCUUGAUAUUCCGUCCAUAUUGGACGUAGGAGACAUGGUGGAGAACGCCGUUCCUGAUAAACUAAGUGUCCUCACAUUCGUGUCACAGCUGUUCAAUUAUUUUAAAGAUAAGAUUCCAGCUAACCAAGUUGUGUCUACAAGAAUGAACGCCUCUAUCAAGUCCAAGAACGAAGCGGCUAUGAUAGCCAAAGGAAAGCGUGUUUCCCAAAGCAAAGCCAAGAGGUUUUCAUCAGCUUUAAAAAACGUUUUCAAAUCCGAAACCAAAGAUGACCGUUUGAAAGUUGAAUACCCUUUCCACAAACAGCCGAGUACUGAGAAUCUGAAAUCUGCUCCAGAAAGCAACGAAAAGAAAACAGAUGUUGUGAACAGCCCACGUCAAACAAGCAUUGGGACUAUUUGUUCGUCUUGUCACACCAAAGUUUACAUUCUGGAACGACUGGUUGUUGAGCACAAGCUUUUCCACAGGGCUUGUUGCAAGUGCAGUAAAUGUGGCGCCGGCCUGAGACCUGGUACUUACACAUAUUGCAUUGAAACCGAGGAAUUCUACUGCAUAUAUGCAUGUAUGGGAGAUUUCAAGAGGACACAAGAAGAAAUCAGAAUCAAACUCCAACCUAUCAGUGACAAAGUCUUUGAUGUCCUGGAAAAGGAAAGUCAAACAUCCAGCACAAAACGCGGUAAUAAUUCCCCAUGGAGCUCGGACGGAAACACUUUGGCACCAUUUUCAAUCGUCAAGAAAAACAUGAUCUCUAUUGGUUCACUUGAUAAGAGUUUUGAAGACUUAAGCCAAAGGCGGAAAAAAUCUUCAAGCAAUCGGAAAGACACUAAAGAAAAGAUUGUAACACAAGAUUUUGAAGAAUCGAAGAAGUCGCGCAGCCAUAACACUAUCCAUCAACCAGGUGCAAAAAUCGAAGUGGAAGUAAAAAGAGAGAAUGGGAAAGUGAAGUCUUGUGUUAAAAUCAGUCCUGUUAAAAAUAGACAACAGCAUUCAGACGAAAUAGACAACUCGGAUGAUCAUAAGAAGCCUCAGUCAACUUGGAAGGAAAAGGCAAAAGGCCGUGUCGGAUUGAAUGAUGCCUACAUUCGAGAGGAAGAAGAGAGGCCACAAGAGGGGAGUGUAAAUAAACUUCGUAUGAAGUUUCUGAAAAUUGACGAUAUGAUCGAAGACAAACAUCGGCAAAAACUCGCUAAGAAAAAAGAGAUCAUGCAACGAGAGAUUGGACGAGUUGUGCCUACAUGGAAUGAAGAGAUCAAUGGCAAGAAUGGAAAAGAGGAUAGUGAUUCGCUGUCGACGACUCAUCCAAGCCUCGAUUCCGAUUGUGACUCUAUAGCAACAUCAAGUGGGCAAAGCAGUUCAUCGCAUAUGGAGGAUAAAAAUGCUGCCAAAACAACAGAAGACAAGACAAUAUCUACAAAACAGAAUCUUGUUUUGAAUGUAGACGAACUAAAAUCAAAACGUCGCGGAAAUCAAAGAAAUAAGAAAAAGGCCAAUUUAUCUAUUCAGGAAUCAAGUUCAUCAUCGACUCCAUCAACCCCUUCUCCAACUAACCGUACUAUUCCUAUUAUCGUACAGCAAACAGCUGACAGUGACAAUGAGCCAGAGCAAAGAGGACGUAGUGUCAGUCAAACAUCAUCAACAUCGGGGGCCUUGAGCCCUGGCAGUGACUCAUGCUUUAGUUCAGAAACACCAAAUUCCCCAGGUGGACCGUGGCUAGGCCAAAAUUCCAUGGAUGAAACCAAAAAUGACGAUCUUCCAAAAAUGUCGAUUAUUAUAGCACAGGAAUCGUCUUCUACAAAAAUUAACAGUCGUUACUUCACGGUUGAGACGUGUGAGAGCAAGGACAGAAAUGUUAUCAUGGAAGACAAAGAAAUAGAAACUGUUGACAUUGAAGGUGAAUUCAAAUUCGAUGAUGAUGGAAAUAAGUACACAACUGCACAACAAAAUGUUCUCAGAUCAUUUAAAAACUGCAAGAUCACUAGAGACAAGUCAGACCUUGUGAAAGAGGAGGACGUUUUUCUCUCGCCUUUAGAAAUUAUCGAUGAGUUGAAUGCACUGGGUACACUGCUGACCGAGCUGGAAAAGCGAGGAGUUAAAAUGGAAAUGCUGCUGAGACAAAGCCUUUGCUCCGAGCGUUCAAUAGAAAAAGAAGAUGAGCUUAUGCGGGAAUGGUUAACUCUUGUGCAGGAAAAGAACAUUAUAUUAAGACGAGAGUCAGAACUGAUCUACUUGUUAAAGUUCCAUCAGUACGAAGAUCGAUACCUGCUCGUUGAAUGUGAACUUCGAGCACUGCUUUCUAUAAAAGAUGAUGUUAAGACAGUGGAAAACGUAAAGAGAGAACGAGAACUGAUGUCAGAGCUCUUCGGUCUUGUCCAGCGAAGAAGCAGCAUUGUUGACAAAUUAGAAGAGGAUAAAUUCAUGGAAAAGCAAGAGGACGAAACUCUCAAACUUGACAUUGAUGGGAGAAGUGAAUCAUGGGAUCAAAAGCAAGACUACACUAAAGUUGCUUUCUCGCGAUUCUACUGCUAAGAUGUUGUACAUGUUGUAAAUAAUUCAAAUCAAUAGUGUGUGUGUAUCUGUAAAAACGACAAGGUUAC